AUGACUUACAUGGCUCCGCACACCUUCUUUCCCUCUGCGCAUGUCAACAACGCAAAGGAGACGUCCUUUCUCUGCGAUACAGAGACAAGAUUCGCGCAAGCAUUCAAUGAGGUCUUCCUUGACGCUUUCAACCCCAGCACGCCUUGGUAUGAGCCCGAAAGGCCGGAUCUCUCUUUUGCUUCGACAUCGGCAUCAAGCAGUGAGCACGAGGAUGCCAUCUUGGAACCACUCCUCCCUCAGCCCAUCGCUCCAUUCGGUCUCCCCAUCACGCCUUGUGCACACCCUUCCCAGUUAGCCACCGUUCCCGAGCCGGUCAUAGCCACCUAUCCCGAUGUCAAGGCUGGAGGGUGGCUCGAGUUGCCUGUAGCCGAGGCUGGCGAACAGGGGCAAGACAACGUGGAAGAUCAAGGUUUGGGGCACCUCUUUCUCGGCAAUGCAAUUCCCUUCCAGUUUUCCGCUCCAAAAUGUAAUAGCUUCGGGUUUCUUUCAGAGGCAGAUACCCUCUGGUCAGACGAUAGCUCCAGACAGUCAUCUGUCGAGUCAUUGGCGGACUCGGUCAAGGCCUCGCCCUUUUCAUUGAAGAGAAAGCGGCCUACAAAGCAGACACGACGCAACCCAAGCCCUGCAGAGCGCUGUGGAUUCGCCACGCCGCGAUCUUCGAGAAAGCAACAAAGGUCGCGCCAGAAUACAUUGGACGCGGCGAGAGAAUCCCAAUCUGGGUCGCCAUGUACUACGUUUCGGCGAAUCCAUAGCACAUUUUCCUCGGGAUUAGGCCCUGUGCAGGACCCAUCCUACGAUACCAACACGGCGCCAAUGCCACCUCCCAGGUCGCAACGCAUGUCCACGGAAAAUAGCUCAGGUAGUCUCGAUUUCGACGUCGAGGCCUGCACGUACAACGAUUUAGCAGAGCUUCUAGUUCCAUCUCCAAGACAGGGGUCCUCGGGACCUGGUGCUACACCAGCAGCAACAGAUAUCGUUGCAAGCGAUGCCCAGUCGCCGGCGCCACAUACCUCUGCGACCAAGACUGAGCUAACUAAUGAACGUGCGGUCUACGGAAGAAUGAGCGAUCUAUGGCUCGACCCGAGAACUCUUUCUCCCCGCUUUCAGACGAUGCCGCCUAUGAUGCCGCGCUGGAGCUCACCAACGAUACGGAUGCCCAGCCUGGCAUCCUAA